AUGUCUUCCGAGGAAAUCGCUCGCAAACGACUAAAUGCAAUUCAACAACAACUCACCCGUUCGACUGGUCCGGCAGACUUGUCACGAGAGCGAGCCAAUGCAUCAUUUGAUGUUAAUCAAAUGAAAACAUUCUUCGCCGGAGGGAAAGAAUUCUCUGAAGCAAUGGACGAUGCGUAUAGGUUUAUACAACGUGAUCCAGAAUUGUAUUUAGGCGAUGAAUAUAUUUUCGAUGCGUCUGUGACGGAGCAGCGUGAAGCAACCAUGCGACAGUUGAGAAGAUACGUUGAAGUGAGAGAUAUGCUGAAGAGUUCACUACUUGUCCGUGCAUUUCACGAUGCUAUGUGUCAAUACUCGGAAGCAUUCAGCAUGAGAUUGUAUGUACACGAAAUUCUUUUCCCUCAAGCUUUGAGAUUAUUUGGCACUUCUGAGCAAUACAGCGAAUGGAUCGAUGACUUAUUAAGUUGGCGCAUUAUUGGUUGUUUCGCUAUGACCGAGUUAGGAUAUAGUUCUUUCUUACGUGGAUUAGAGACAACAGCAACUUUCGACAAGAAGGCUGAUGAGUUUAUAAUCAAUUCUCCCAGCAUUUUAUCAACAAAAUGGUGGGUUGGGAUGGCAGGAGAGACAGCAACUCAUACAAUUGUACUUGCUCAGACAGUUGUUGAUGGAAAAAAAUGUGGGAUAGACUGGUUUGUGGUUCCAUUACGCAGCAGAAAGACAGGCCGCCUGGUUGCAGGCGUAGCUGCCGGUAAUAUUGGAACCAAGUAUGGAAGAAACGGUCUUGAUAACGGUUGGAUACAAUUCUCUGGCAUACGUAUACCGCGAACAAACAUGAUGAUGAGAUGGGCGAGCGUCUCACCAGAUGGCAAAUAUCACCCAUCUCCCAACCCAGCAUUAUCGUAUGCACCUCUAAUCGGGGAAAGAUUAGAAGUGAUAAGGGCCACGAUUUCAACAGCUUCCCGGGCACUGACUAUUGCAUGCAGAUAUGGAUGUGUGAGGAGGCAGGGUGCAAACAAUGAGCAGAUUAUGGACUUUCAAUCCUAUUACGUACAAUUAAUGCCUGGAAUCGCUGGUCUCUAUGUUGCAAAUAUAAUCGACAGAAUUACGGGCAGCAAAUGGAACAAACUCGUAGAUAAUGUCGAUGACGGGACUUUGUUUCUUAAUAAUAUCGCGGAUAUUCAUGGCAUAUCGGCGGGAUUGAAGAGCAUCUAUGGAUGGUGGGGAGUAGACAUACUAGAGUUUUGCAGACGAUCGUUGGGAGGUCAUGCAUAUUCAUCGUAUAAUGCUAUUGGAGAAUUUAUACAAGAUUUUUCCCCCAUUACGACUGGUGGUGGAGACAAUUACACGUUGAUGAAUCAAGCAGCGAAAUAUGUAUUGGGGUCGCUGAAGAUGGCAUCCAACGGCAUCAAACUUGAGGGCUCUGUUGCAUAUCUCAAUAAUAUACAAGAGGCUCUCUCCCGAUCAAAUAGUUCGAUGGCGUCCGAAAACGAGAUUCUUGACCUUAACUUUAUAACAGGAGCGCUUGCGUGGUUGUCAAUUCGAAAGGCAAAGGCUAUCGAAACGACUCUAUCAGGUGGUGGGGUUGCUGUAUGGAAUGACAACAUAGUACAUCUCAUCAAACUUGCAGAAAUUCACACCCACCACUAUAUAUUAUCGGAAUAUCAUAAUGAUCUCGUUGAAUAUGGAUCCACAGAAUAUAAAGAUCUUUUACCAAUGUUAACCCAAAUGGGUCAACUGUGGGGAACAUACGUCAUGCAAUCGUUGCUUGAAUUAUUCCUGGAGGAAGGCUAUUUUUCACCUAGCCAGGCCAAGAUGGUUAAAAAGGUGUUUUACGAUCUUUGUCGAAAGACCAGAAAAGAAGUUAUUCCCCUCGUAGAUGCGUGGGCAGUUCCUGAUUUCAUACUGAAAGCACCAUUAGGAAGAUACGAUGGAGAUAUCUAUCCAGCCUACUUUAAUCGAGUUCGCAACACACCAGGUUGCGUUGGAGUGCCAAGCUAUUGGUCUAAAUACAUCAAGCCAAUGACUGAUCCUGAUUCAUGA